GAUCUACCGAUCCAUAGAUCUACAGAUCUACUGAUCUACAGAUCCAAGGAUCUAGCGAUCUAUCGGUCUACAGAUCUACUGAUCCAAUGAUCUACAGAUCCAGCGAUCUAAUCCAUUGAUUUAGCGAUCUACCGAUCCAUAGAUCUACGGAUCUACUGAUCUAUUGAUCUACAGUUCCACCGAUCUAUCGUUUCAGCGAUCUACAGAUCUUCUGAUCUAUUGAUCUACAGUUCCACCGAUCUAUCGAUCCGAGGAUCUAUAGAUCCACUGAUCCAUUGAUCUACAGAUCUACCAAUAUACCGAUCCAUUGAUAUAUAGAUCUACUGAUACAUUGAUCUACAGAUCCACCAAUCUAGCCAUGUAGCGAUCCAUCUAUCUACUGUUCUACUGAUCCAUUGAUCUACAGAUCCACCGAUCUAGAGAUCUAGCGAUCCAUCGAUCUACUGGUCUACUGAUCCAUUGAUCUACAGAUCCACCGAUCUAGCGAUCUAGCCAUCCAUCGAUCUACCGAUCUACUGAUCCAUUGAUCUAGCGAUCUACCGAUCCAUAGAUCUACAGAUCUACUGCUCUAUUGAUUUACAGAUCCAACGAUCUAUGCCAUCUAUCGAUCUACAGAUCUAAUGAUCCACUGAUCUACAGAUCCACCGAUCUAGCGAUCCAUCGAUCUACCGAUCCAUUGUUUUAGCGAUCUACCGAUGCAUAGAUCUACAGAUCUACUGAUCCAUUGAUCUACAGAUCCAGCGAUCUAGCGAUCUAGCGAUCUACUAAUCCAUUGAUUUAGCGAUCUACCGAUCCAUAGAUCUACGGAUCUACUGAUCUAUUGAUCUACAGUUCCACCGAUCUAUCGCUUCAUCGAUCUACAGAUCUUCUCAUCCAUUGAUUCACAGAUCUAGCGAUCUAUCGAUCCAAGGAUCCAUAGAUCCGCUUAUCCAUUCAUCUACAGAUCUACCAAUAUACCGAUCCAUUGAUCUAUAGAUCUAAUGAUACAUUGAUCUACAGAUCCACCAAUCUAGCGAUCUAGCGAUCCAUUGAUCUACUGGUCUACUGAUCCAUUGAUCUACAGAUCCACCGAUCUAGCGAUCUAGCCAUCCACCGAUCUACCGAUCUACUGAUCCAUUGAUCUAGCGAUCUACCGAUCCAUAGAUCUACAGAUCUACAGUUCCACCGAUCUAUCGCUUCAUCGAUCUACAGAUCUUCUCAUCCAUUGAUUCACAGAUCUAGCGAUCUAUCGAUCCAAGGAUCCAUAGAUCCCCUUAUCCAUUCAUUUACAGAUCUACCAAUAUACCGAUCCAUUGAUCUAUAG